AUGGUUGCUCCACGUCAGAGACCAAUCAUAAAGGUAUUCAGAAAAUACGGACAUUCUCUGGGCCCCGAAGCGUUGGAGUUCUUGGAAGAGAUCCUAGAUCGACAUGAGGUCGCCGACGAAGAUGUAGAGUUUUCAAUAGAGUGGAUAGCAAAGGAGUAUAACAAGCAAGAUGACGCGCAGAUGAAGGUCUCGUUGGAUGUGCUGAAGAGAGUGUAUAAUACGUUUCAAGGUUCUGUUGAUCAAUCGGAGGGAGCACCAGACAUGUUGGACCCGGAAAGUCAAUUACAUUUUAUUGACGCGUUCGACAUGCCAUUAUGGCAUUGGUCGCAUGAAAGAAGUGCAUUUGAGAGGCAAGACCAUACCUUCCCAUGGCGCAGGGCAUCUGGUUCGCUCACUAUUGCUGGGACUGCUGAUUCCCGCGUUAUGGCGAUGCGAAACAGAUUGAACAUUAUCAGGCAGACAGUUCUCAGGAACGACCAUUUCUCUCCUUCUACUCUCCCUUCUAGAGACAGAGAAAAUUUGCUCACGUUGAGAUCUACGAAACAACUUCUUGGUCGUGCAGGAGAGCGCUUUUUGUUGUUCGGGAUGCUCUGCCACAACAAGGAAGGGAAACUGUGUUUGGAAGACCAAGAUGGAUCUGUUGAACUAGACUUCUCCCAACUUGAUCAACCAAGUGAGGGGCUAUUCACCGAGGGAUGUUUCGCGCUUGUCGAGGGCGAGUAUACCGAAGAUGCAAUUCUUGUUGUAAUAGCUGUUGGACAUCCUCCAUGUGAGAGUCGAGAGACCGCGCGAUCCAUCUACGGGCAUGUCGAUUUUCUAGGUCAAGGUGCAACGACACUGCUGGAAGAUACCCAUUUAGCCGCCCGCGUUCGUCUCGAGUUGCCUGACCUUCGAUUCUUCGUUCUAUCCGAUGUAUGGCUAGAUCAUCCAGAGACGCUGCGAGGACUGCGUAAGAUGUUCGAUCAUUGUAUGGAGAACAGCUUCAUCCCUAAAGUGAUCGUCCUGUGUGGCAAUUUCUCCAGCCGUGGUAUCUCACAAGGGAACAGCAGGGAAGUGCGGAGAUUCCAAGAUCAGCUAGAUUCACUAGCGGACUUGAUUGCGGCAUACCCUUUGAUUACGCGCACGACCCACAUAGUCUUCGUUCCGGGUCCGCUAGAUGUGACCGUGAACUCCGUGCUUCCCCGGCGGCCGCUAAUGUCCUCCUUUGUCUCGCGCUUGAAGUCCAGAGUACCGAAAGUACACUUUGCCACGAAUCCCUGUCGUAUCAAAUUCUUUGAGCAAGAAAUCGUGAUCUUCAGAGAGGACAUGAUGGCGAAGAUGCUUCGGAAUCUGGUAGGAGUUAAACCGGAUGCGAAAAAUGACGAUCUAAAGCGCUAUCUUGUGCAGUCCAUCCUCGACCAGAGUCAUCUGGUUCCAUUGACUACCUCGAUCCAACCAAUUCUUUCUGAUUUUGACCACACACUGCGCUUGUAUCCUCUUCCCUCUGCGGUUGUCCUAGCGGACAAAUAUGAUAGAUAUCAAAUGACUUACGAGGGGUGCCACGUGUUCAACCCCGGAAGCUUCGUGGGGAGCUCUUUUGCUUUUUCUGCAUACGCACCUGCACGGAGGGAGUCCGAAGAAUGGUGA